AUGCUCGACGACAUCUUCUCCCGAACUCUGGUGUCGUUCACUGACAUCUGGGUCCAUGUCAUGGUGUGGGUGCUUGUGGUGUGCACAACAAUCUACUUUAUGGCUGGAUGUGUGGCGUUAUAUACGUUUCGUGAGCAUCUUUCUGCACUACUCUUUCCCUUUGGCUUUGCUAUCGUCGGUGCAUUUACUGGUUUGGCCCUCGGCUCACUCUUUGGUGUUGUCCUCUCGGCCUCAUACACAUCGGGCGAGUUCCCCAUGCCUGGCUGGAGUGCCGCUAUCUGGGGGACUGCAACAGCUGCGGUCUACCUCUUUAUGUCAUGGGGUCGCAUUAUGGCCAUUCAGUAG